CACACACACACACACACACACACACACAUACACGCCUCUCGAACUUCAUCGAGUGUUGAAAUAUCAAACAUAAAAAACUAAUUAAGAUGCAUUGCUAUUGUGCAAACUAUUAUGGAUCGGUCAAUUGCCAGAACAAAGUCGCCCAUUUCGGCCAGCGAUGUAAACUCUGCACAGUAUUGAACGAGGGCCACCCGGCAAAGGUAGACCUAUUCAAGAUAACGUCCAACGACUACGCAUAUGACAGCGAAGCCGCAGACGAUGACGACUCGAGUCCAGAAAAACACGGACACGAGCGGACGAGGGACCAUAGCAAGAACUCGUCGAAGUGAAGUGAAGCUAAGCGAAGCGAAUCAGAUCGACCAAACUACAUUAUGACGCUUGAUGCGGUGUUACGAUAGGCGGAGACGAAUACGAAAAAUUCCAAUCAUCAUUAUCAUCAUCACCACCAUCACCAGAUAAGACUAGGACCAACGGGGGAAAAAGAAAAAAAAAUAAUAACUUGGAGAAAAACAAGGGGAAGAGAGUAAUGGCUGAGCCGUGCUCUUCUCCUCUGCGCCGACGACGGGUAAUGGGAAGCGAACACACACACAAGGACUAGGUACACAGAGUCGCGCGCAGCGGUGACAGCGCUCCGAGCAGGGUAACUGUUCUCGAAUGUCUCGAAUCCUUCCUUAUGAUAGUAUGGGGCUGGGUGGGUAUCAUGGGCGUUUUGGGUCGUACGGGGGGGUGAACAACAUAUAUACGUACAUGCAUGCACUAGGUUGGGCAGGAAAGAUCUGGAUGGAAUUUUCGAUGGGGAGAAGAGGGGGGGGGGGGGAAUCGGUAACAAGAGACGGGGGAAAUGACUCG